ACCCUGUGACGUCACAAGGUCCUUACGGCACACAGACUUUGGACUUUUCUGUGGGUGGGGAUGAUAAAGGGGUCAUUUGCACUGCGUGUGACUGAAGUGCCGUCCUCCGUAUGUAUAACCCUUGGAAACGACACCUCAGCUGUCAGCAGGACUCUUGGUGCCAUGUUGAGGACUGCGUUUUCUUCUGUAGGAAUUCUCCUUUAUAUGUUUUCACCUAAACCAAUACAGAUAAUGAACUUCUCGGGAGGGCAGCACCAGCCUCAGUGCCCAGCAGCUGACGGAAUUAUAGCUGGCAGCUAAAUCAUCCUGGCAAAGCCGAAUAUUCCCAAAUCAAACAUGGCCGACCCAAAAGUUCGAAUUGACGACUUCCACCCACGUGAUUCUACGGGAUCACAUGAUUGUACCAAUAGAAACGAAGCGCGUUAUGAUGACGUGUUGGCUCGCUAGCGAAUCAUCACCUUUUUUUGGUGCGGAAGUCCCGUCUAUGUAAAGCGCUGGAAGAAGAAUUCCCCGCCGAAUACUCGUACAGCCCGGGGGGCUACAGGGGCGGGGCUUGUUACUGACCGAGUAUUAAGCACGUGACCCGAAGAUGAAUAUCCUGCCGAAAAAGAGCUGGCAUGUGCGCAAUAAGGACAACGUUGCGCGAGUGCGGAGAGAUGAAGCCCAGGCCGCGGAGGAGGAGCGACAGCGCGGGAAGAGGGCGGAGCUAGCAGAGCAAGAGGCUCGUACUGACUUUCUGCGUAAAAAGGCUCGCUCGUCGCUACCAGAGACGUCCACGGCCAGGUCAACAGUGGUGGAAGUGUACGAAGAGUCUGGCCACAUAAAUUUAUUUCAAGAUGUUCAGGAGGGCAAAGGGACCACCCACGGAAACAAGGAAUAUGAAGAAGAGAAACGCAGAGAGAAGGAACGUCAAGAAAAAGCUUUGGGGAUUCUGACUUACUUAGGACAGAGUGCAGCAGAAGCCCAGACAUGUCGCCCCUGGUACCAAGAGGUUCCUGUUCAUCACAAGAAGGAAGAAGAUGAUACGGCAAAGGAUGAAAAGCUGAAACGGAUGCUGGAUCCUAUGACUGAAAUGGAAAAAUACCUUCAUAAGAAAUCGGGGGAGAAAAAGAGGCCCUCUGAUAAAAAAGAGCACAAGAAAGGGAAGGAGAAAGGAAAGGAUAAGAAGGGGGGAUCCAAACCAUCCAUGGAACAGCUGAGGCAGGAGCGGUUGAAGAGAGAAGCUGCAGAGAGAGCGCGUGCUGAGGCUCUGCUGUCUGGUAGAAAGGACCAGCCAGCGCCAGAACAGGAAAUGGACGACAGAAAGCGACGAUACCACUCCCAAUUCAACCCUCAGUUGGCGCGAAAACCCAAACUACGAGAAGAACAUUGGUGAUAAGCCAACACAGGGCCGUUGGUUCUGUGCCAUCUCAGGAGGACUUCAAUAGACCUCAGUGUGAACUUUAGUCAUUGACGUAUUUACAUUUGGUUACGAUGUGGGAAUUCCCAUUUAUAGGCCUCAUACAUGUAAGGAUGGAUUCCUUUCAGCUAAUAUAUAUAUACAAUUAUACAAA